AUGAGUGAUCAAAAUAUCAUAUCAAGCCCAAGUGUUACCACCAGUGAUACUGAUGAAAUAUUUAGUGAGAUUAGUACUUUAUCAGACAGUGAAGAAUUACCGAAUUUUUCAAAUUCGGAUCAGGACAUGAGAUACCAAUCAAAGUUUUCAUUUCGAUCGUUUCAAUGCAAAAUAAUUGCAGGAGUUUCAGGAUUUAAAGAAUAUAUUGAAGAAUAUAUUGAAAUAAUAAUUAUUUUGAUACUUCCUAUCAUAAUUCCAAUUUUCAUUUUAAUUUUCUUUGCAGUGUUCAUAAAGUUAUCUUCAUUAUAUAUGAGGUUUUGUUUUGCGGCUAUUCCAAGUGUAAUGGAGUCAUUAAUCUAUAUUUUCCAAAUCAUAUAG